GUGUCAAACUCAACACAACCUUCAGUCACUCAAAGAGAGAGACACGUCCACGAGAGCGAGACAGGGAGAAAGACAACCAGGGUUUUUUUAAAUCUCAUUGCGCGUUUUUUUUUUUAGACACAAAGGAGGGUUGGAAUUAGAUUUAGUUACAGUAGAUGACAGAAAUUGCGUUUUUCCUUUAAUAUAAGCGACCAGUAGAGCUGUCAAGAGAGAGAGAGAGAGAGAGAGAGAGAGAGAGAGAGAGAGAGAUUAAAGGCAGUGCAGGCAUGAUGUCCUACAUUAAGCAGCCUCAUUACGCAGUGAACGGGUUAACGCUGUCCGGCCCGGGCAUGGACCUCCUGCACACCGCCGUCGGCUACCAGAACACACCCCGGAAGCAACGGCGUGAGAGAACCACGUUUACACGUGCACAGCUCGACGUGCUCGAGGCGCUGUUUGCCAAAACGCGUUAUCCUGAUAUUUUCAUGCGCGAAGAGGUGGCCCUAAAAAUCAACCUGCCUGAAUCCAGAGUCCAGGUCUGGUUCAAAAACCGUCGUGCUAAAUGUCGGCAGCAGCAGCAACAGAGCAGCGGACAACCAAAACCUCGGCCUCCCAAAAAGAAAUCAUCCCCUGCUCGAGAGACGACUUCUGACCCUGCUAAUGCUAACGCCACUGCUAAUGCACCCUACAGUCCAGUCGCUCCGCCCCCUCCAGCCCCACCUACAGCCAUCACGCCAAGCUCGACUGGCGCAAAUGCUAAUGCAAGUGUCUCUAUCUGGAGCCCUGCUUCUGUCUCGCCAUUGGCUGAUCCGCUCUGCGUGUCGAGUAAAACUGCCUACGCAAUGACGUAUGCUCAGACUCCAGCCUACGCUCCAGCCUACGCAACUUCUUCUUCUUAUUUCAGUGGCCUAGAUUGCAGCUCAUACCUUUCCCCAAUGCAUGCACCACUCUCAGCCACUGGGAGUGGCCCUCUUAGCCCUAUUGGCUCAUCCUCUAUGGCUCUCGGCCAAUCACAGGUCUCGCAAGGUUAUGGCCCUGCCUCCCUUGGUUUUAGCACCAUCGAUUGUCUGGACUAUAAUAAAGACCAAACUGCUUGGAAGCUCAACUUUGGUGCAGCAGAUUGUCUGGACUACAAGGACCAGAAUUCCUGGAAGUUCCAGGUGUUAUAGGCAGGAGGUGCAGUCGAGGCUGGAAUUUCAGACAAGAUAAAUUUGUUUCUAAUUGUGUCUUUAAUUUCACUUGAUUACAUGAUUUUCUGUGUUACUUGUCAUUGUAAAACAGCCAAUGACAUGAACAGACACUUGUUUUAAUUGAAGUAUAAGGAUAUAUGACACAUUAUUUAAAAAAAUUAUCUAAAAUUGUGCAAGGAGAUUUGUCAGAAAUAUACAUUUUAAAUAUUCUGAUCAGAGUUUAGUUUUUUAAGCUUAAACAGAUCAUCAUGGUGGCAAAUUCAUUCAAUCAAAAUUGUACACAAAAUGACGAGGUUAUGUUUAGGUUUAACACUUGUAGCUUAUUUACAUUUAUACAUAUACAUUUUUAGGAUUCAUUUUGAAAAAACAAUUUUUGCAUCCAAAUUAGAUUUUAAAUAUCAGAUUUUGAAAAAAAUAUCAAAAUUUCAAAUUUGUACAAAUUUGUAGCAAACAUUUUAAACCAGGAUGAUUCAGUGGUUCUGAAAAGUUAGGUAUUUUUACAACUUACUUUAGAUGAAAUUGUUCAAAUUCAUCAUGCAGAGUAAUUCUGCUAAAAUUUGAUCAAGUUGAUUCUACAUAUAAUAAAUGUGUAAAAGGUACUGGAGAAAAACUAUCUUGUAUUUUUCUGGUUAUGGAUUGACUUUUAGCUUUGUACAAUUCUAAACGUGAACUUUUAUAUAUAAAAAUGUGGUAUAUAAACAUGUACGGCCUCAUUACAAAAUCACUGUCUUGAUUUUUUGUCUUCUUUCUCUAGCGUAGACCACAAUAAUUUAUGUUUUCAUUGCAAUCGUGACUUGUUGACUUGUGCUUAAUUUGUUUUCAGCUAAUAAUAUCUUGUUGAAAUAUUGAUUACAAAAAACAUUUGUGGCUAAUUGUAAUUUUUUAUUUUAUUUUGUUGUUUGUGUUCCUGUCACUGUUGCAUUUUCUUUAAAUAUUAAACUGAACUUGAAAAUGGCAAUCGUGUCUAAUACAACGGUUUUAAUUCAUGUUUAGAAAACUUCCAACUUUUUAUUAUUGAUCUUAGUUUUUUUCUCUCUUUCAUUCAGACUCAGGGGUAAACCUGUAAACUGUUAUGGUUAUGUGUAAAAGCCAUAAGUUGAUUUUUAUUGUUAAAAUUUCUUGCUUAUUUUCUUUCUUAUUUUGAACCUCUACUUCUUCACCACCUCUGUUUCCUUAUGUGUACGUUUUCUUUUUCCGGUGUCUCGUGACAUUAAGUUAAGUUCUAAUAAAAGAAAUAUUCAUUGUU